AGAUCAAAUAAAUGGGCUAAAUUCAGUCGGUACAAUGAUACUGUAUAUGUAAUAUAACCAUAAUAUAAUCUAUGAAUACGUAUAGUCACAUGUCUAUACAAUGGUAUAGCAACUUGUGACGGCAACUUGCAACACUCCGGAAUUUAUUCAGUGUUGCUUAUCAGGUCGGAUAGUUAUACGUAUAUGAUUACAAGGUCGGCUUCGUGGUAACGGCUAUACACAUGUGUAUAUCUAUACAUAUUAGGAAAUAUACGUUGCUCAGCUGGUAAUGUAGACUGAACAAGUGGUCAGUGUAAUAAAGUCUGUCGCGGGUUAACAAACUGUCUGAAUUACCAAAGUUUUCAUUAUGAGUGUACGUAAAAGAAUGCCGUCUUAUCGUUUAUGGGGUUCCAUGGAUGAUGGGAACGUGGAAUUUGAAUCGUUGACUAGCGAGACACUGGACGGUGCUCUUCGUGUGAUAAGAGAAAGUUUUUUCAAGAACGAAAGUGUUUGCAAGGGCGUAGACAUCAUUGAGGAGCCUGGUGCUAUGAAGGAACUUGAGGAACUGUGUUUGGAUGCCGCCAAAGAUGGAGUCAGUGCAGUAGCUAUAUACGUUCCUACUGGACAAGUUAUUUCUGUUGCCUUUAAUAAGAUUCAGACGCGGCCUUUGAACUCUGAAAAAAGUUCAUUUGAAUUGUUCAGUCAAAAGUGCAAGUAUAAAUCGUCCAAGGCUCUGGUUGACUUCAUGAUCGAUGUCGACUCCGAAAUAAAUCUCUUCCAGCAUUACAAUGUGGACUGCAUUCUCGAAAUUAUGUUCCUGGCUACGUUACCUGAUUACUCCAAGAGAAGAAUCGGCGAGCUGGUCGUUGCGGCUUCUUUGGAAAUUGGCAGAGAACUGAAGAGAGGAAAGAAUGUUAAGACGCCAGUAUGUAUCAACAACGACGAUACUAUCACAAAUAAGCCAUUAGUGCCUAGUUUAUCGUCUGCAAUUAUGACUUCGAAUUUUUCGAAAAAGAUCGCUCUUAAAUUAGGCUUUGAAACAUUGGCUGAGGUUAGUUACGAUCGAUUUGAAUUCAGAGGUAAAAAGUUCAGCGAGAGAAUAGGCGAAGCUGACAAAAGUUGUGCCUUGGUGGCCAAACGACUGAAGAAUUAAUGUAUUUAAUAAUUGGAGGUUAAUUAAUCGUUCAUUAAAUAAUACACAGUCAAUUGCACAAAUAGAUUCAGUGCUUUUGACCGACAGUUGGACAUUAUAACGAUCAAAAUAAUUCCUUAUCAAAAAAUAAUUUAUAAUUACUUUGUACUUUCAUUUAUCUUAAAGAUCUUGAAUAUUUUUUAUUUAAACAUCAUAUUAAUUUAUCAUUAACGCCAGUUCUAUCUCAUAUGAGAUAUUGGUAUGUACCAUCACCUGUUGUCAUCAUUAAUAUACUGAUCACAAUCAUAUAUACUCAAAUUAUUUAAUGUAUACGUUGUACUCAUUAAAAAUACUUUAAUUACAUCU